UGGCCCGUCCCGUCCCGGCCCGUCCUGCCGCUAUGGCCCCCGCCCUGCUGCUCCGGGGGCUGGCGCUGGCCGCGCUGCUGGUGCUGAGCCCAGCGCGGGCAGCCCGGCAGGCGCGGAGGCCCAACGUGGUGCUCAUCCUCACCGACGACCAGGAUGUCUGCCUGGGCGGCAUGACCCCCCUGAAGAAGACUAAUGCUCUCAUUGCACAGAUGGGAAUAACCUUCCUAAAUGCAUAUGUUCCCAGUGCACUUUGCUGUCCCAGUCGAGCUAGCAUUUUAACAGGAAAAUAUCCACAUAAUCAUCAUGUCGUCAAUAACACUCUGGAAGGGAACUGUAGCAGCAAGUUAUGGCAGAAGAUUCAAGAACCAUAUACCUUCCCAGCGCUACUCAAAUCUAUGUGUGGUUAUCAAACUUUUUUUGCUGGAAAGUAUUUAAAUGAGUACGGGGCAGAGGAUGCAGGGGGAGUAGGUCAUGUCCCUCCUGGAUGGAGUUUCUGGUAUGCUUUGGAGAAAAAUUCAAAGUACUACAAUUACACUCUUUCAGUAAAUGGCAAAGCACGAAGGCAUGGUGAGAACUACAGUGUAGAUUAUCUGACAGAUGUCCUGGCCAACAUGUCACUGGACUUCUUAGAGUACAAAUCUAAUUUCGAACCUUUCUUUAUGAUGAUCUCAACCCCAGCACCACACUCCCCUUGGACACCUGCUCCACAGUAUACGAAGAGCUUUCAGAAUGUCAGUGCACCAAGAAACAGCAAUUUUAAUAUUCAUGGAAAGAACAAGCACUGGUUAAUUCGACAAGCAAAGACUCCAAUGACUAACUCUUCCAUACAGUUUCUUGAUGAUGCUUAUAGAAAGCGGUGGCAAACUCUGCUGUCAGUAGAUGACCUGGUAGAGAAACUAGUGAAGAAACUGGAACUGAAUGGAGAAUUAGACAACACAUACAUCUUUUACACAUCAGACAAUGGCUUCCACACUGGCCAGUUUUCUUUGCCAAUAGACAAACGGCAGCUUUAUGAGUUUGAUAUCAAAGUUCCAUUGCUAGUUCGAGGACCAGGGAUAAAACCAAAUCAGACAAACAAGAUGCUUGUUGCAAAUAUUGAUUUGGGUCCCACUAUUCUGGAUAUUGCGGGAUAUGACUUGAAUAAAACCCAGAUGGAUGGGAUGUCACUGUUGCCACUGUUGAGAGGAGACAAAAAUGUCACGUGGAGAUCAGACUUCCUGGUGGAGUACCAAGGAGAAGGAUACAAUGGCAGUGAUCCUACCUGUCCCGGCCUAGGACCUGGAGUCACACACUGCUUCCCAGACUGCGUCUGUGAAGAUUCCUAUAACAACACAUAUGCUUGUGUAAGGACACUCUCAACUUCUUGGGAUCUGCAGUACUGUGAGUUUGAUGACCGGGAGGUGUUUGUGGAAGUGUACAACUUGACUGCAGAUCCACACCAGAUCAAUAACAUUGCUAAAACAAUUGAUCAAGAAAUUCUAGAAAAGAUGAACUAUCGAUUAAUGAUGCUGCAGUCCUGUUCAGGAGCAACCUGCCGUACACCAGGUGUCUUUGAUCCCGGGUACAGGUUUGACCCACGGCUCAUGUUCAGCAAUCACGGCGUACGCGCUCGGAGGUUUUCUGCACAGUCCUUAUAAGACCAUCGAGAGCCUCUUGCAAUCAGCUCCUACUGACCAGUUUCUCCAGUGGCUGCAGCAGGUCUGUCUCUGUUAAUUCUCGCUGAUCACAGCUGGAAGACUUUUAAUGGGUUUUUCAAACCCUGUUUGGAAGAAAACCCCUUGUCUUUAGCUGGUUGCCUUGUGCAAUAUGUAUAUUUUACAGCUGAACUCUAACUGUAAAUUGUUAGACACAGCUAAUCUGUCUUGCUCAAAUAGUUGAUUAUCACCUUUGUCUUUCAAAUACCUUUUCAUAUCACAGGCACAGAGGUGAACCUAUGCCUAUGAAUCUGAACCAUUUAUUUUGUUCUAAAAAAAUCAAUAAAUGCAUAUUUGAGUCAGGUUAGAUAGGCAGGUGCUAUUGCACAGUAAUGCUCACCCAUAUUCAGUGUCAUAGACUUUCUUAAGAGCUAUGUUUAAUUAUAGGUUUCCUGCAUUGAGCUCAAAGCUGUUAAUGACAAUAGCAAACUAGCCCAAAAUAGAGUAGGAAGGCAUUAGUCAAAACUGUAGGAUCUGACUAGCAAGUGUCUUGUGCAGAAUUAAAAUCUGUUUGCUAAGGAGUCUCUUUCAAUGAGACAACUUCAAAUGAGACCAAUGAAUUUUGUAGGACAGCUUUGGUAGCUUGCAAACAAGAAUGUAAUGUCAGGCUCCUUUCAGUUUGAAAUGGUGGAACGGGUUACUGAAAAAACUCCUAGGGUUUAGGAUAGGCUUCCUAGUGAGUUUAAACAAGAGUGUUGAGGCUAGCAAGUACUGAAGUAAGUGUGCCUGUGCUUUGAGCUAACUCUUAAGUCUGUUUUUAAUACACAAACAGAAGUAAUACUAAAAUAAACAAAAUCCAACAACCAGGGCACCACAGUAGAGUUGAUCUGUUUCUAACCUCCAAAUGUCUUGAAUUGUCUAACAUCUUAUGUUGAUUAGAUUUUUGAAGGUAAUUUAUUUUGAAAGCAAACUAGCUAAAAGUAAAUCACAAAAUCAUUGCUCACUAGACAUUAGGCUAAGAGAGGUAUUUUAGGCAGUUUAGGUUCUUCACAGUGUUGCUUUUUGGUUGAGACAUGACUAUUUGGAACCUGAAAUAAAGUGGCCUUCACACCAAAGGUCUGCAUGUCAGAAACCACUUAAGUUUCCUUCUGACAGAAUGUUGUCUUUUCAACCUUCUGAUUAGGCUUAUUUGAAAUACAGCUGUCACAUGCACCCAAACUUGAGUAUCUUUCUAAAUCUUGAAAAACAUCCAAACUUGCAUUACUGUACAACUUCUGUAAAGAUUCAUUGGCAAAACACUGUCUGGAAACACUGAAUUGUGGAUCUUCUGCGAGACAAGUUCCUGUUGCUUGUGGGCAAAUAAACUGUGUUAUCAGCAAGAUAAUUGUUCCCUUGUCAAACAAAGUGUGGCAGAAUUAUUUAGUUUUCAGUUAGUUAUUUCACAUCUCUUACCCCGGUAGAGAGCAUGACUAUUUCCACUUCUGUCACAUACUACCUUGUCAUAAGUAAUCAUUAAGUAGUCAACAAAGUAUGACUCUCAGAACUGUGAAAGUGCAUACCCCAGUGUGCAGAUCCACCAACUGGAUACAAGCAAUGCUACAAUAAAACACGUUGAACUUUCUUGGCUUUUAAUUCUGAGGCACAGAAGUUGUCUUUUCUGUAGCUUAUAUGUGCAAACUUCUGUGGUGGUCUCCAGGUUAGAUAUUAUAGAGCUUGUGUUUCAGAUCUCUUAAAGUGACCAAAUAUUUUGAGGGGGAAAAAAAAUUGCUUGAAAGGUAACUUUUCAGCUGGAGCAUCUCUGAACACAGAGGUUUUUGGAUAUUCAAACUACUUCCAUGCUUUCAAAUACUCAGGACUUUUCCUUAACUACAACUAUAGCUUUAUCCUGUUUUAUUGUUUCUUAAGCCUUAGCAUUGCCCAUUGGUAUCCUUCAUAAACUGUUUUGUCUUUAGAAAAAAACCCAAAGUUGUUUUCAAAUGUUCUCUUGCACACUGAGCUAAACCUAAAGCUCAUGUUUGUAGUGUUUUGCUCAGAGAAUUCUAGCAACUUAGACUUGUUCUUUGUUUAAACUUUGUUUUGGUAGCUGUAUGGAGGCUGGUGUGAAAUACAUUGCUGCACAUUAAACCCUCAACAGUUCUAGCAAAUCUGGGUCAUAUGUCAAGUUUCUGCUUGAAUUCAGUUGUAGUUCAAGUAAUGUGUAUUCUGUUGCUCCUUAAUAGAAAACAACUUUGUUAUGGGUACAGAUGUGUAACUCUAACACAGUCUUUUCUUAAAGUAAUCUUAAGCCAUAAGAAGGAAACUUUCUUUUGAAAUUAUUUACUUUUUGCCUAAUAAGUAAUAUGAAAAUUGACAGAAUUGAUGCAGAUUAUUCAGUAUGAGUAACCAGAUGCUUUACCCAAAUUAAUACUCUUGCUAUCUGCACAUACCUGUAAAGCAUUUUGUAAUGAGGCUCAAUAACUGUUGCCAUAAAUAACAGCCUCAAAUGAACAGUGUUAAUUCUUAUCUUUGAUUAAAAAACCACUAUGAAGGAACUUUGACUCUUACUCAGAUCUAAUUCCCAGCUAAGUUAUUUUAAAACUAAAUGGUCUUUUGGGAUAUUCCAUUUCAUGUGCUAUUUGACUAUGGCUGUACCUGUACCUGGUUACUGAAGGCAUCCAUGUUAAAUGUACAGUUUUAAAUAAAGGGCCUUACUGGUACAGAGUUGGGUUUAGAUAAAAUGUGAUUUUUUUUUUUACUUUUUUUAAAAUCAUUAGUAGCGAAAGUAGAGCUGUGAAUCUUUAGUGAUCUGAUCUGGUAAGGUAGAUACCAUACAGGGAGAAAUGCAGUUAAUAACUUCAUUAUGUUACCCUAAACCAAAAAACAUUCAUUAUCAUCACUUCAGCAUAAGGAAAUACAGCUAAUACAUGCUUACCCAGCAUGGGCCCAGUAAACUGGACUUCUUUUUGAGGAAUAAAGCUGUAACAGGGACGCAUACAUGGAAGCACGCAGCCAAAGCAGCUUAUAAUACCUUUUCAAUGAAGUUAAAUUUGAGACUGACUUAACAAGCUGAAUACAAUAUUUCAACAUAAUGAAACAGCUGUCAUUUGUUGUGAUUCAAUUGAUUUUCUUUGUAUUACUCUCUCUGUAUGUGAGCAUACUUUGCUGUAGCAUAUUGUGAGCAUAUUUCUGCUGUUUUGAACGUCUGUUUAGAAAGUGCCCUUCCAGAGGACCCUGUUCACUGCUGCACUUUUGGAGAAAGAAAAAAUAAACUGCCUCUCAAACUUC